UUCCUUCUCCAUGACGCUGAUCCUCUUUGACUCUUCUAACAGUGCGGACUGAUGACUCUCGAUUGUUCCGAAGCUUCCCAUCCAUACACGUAAGCUGCCGUCAUGAUCUCCUUUCGAAGAUGCCUGAUCAUUGCGGCCACCUUCCUCGCUUUCAUGUACAUCCUCCACCUGUCCGGCAGCGGCGGCAGCACUCGACAACCCGAAGAAUCGAACGCUGGCCCUGAAGAUAAGCUGUCAAGCGCGGACGGUUCGCUCCAGUUUCAGCCCCAGCAGAUUCCUCUCGAAGACUUGGCCCGAAAACCUGUCCGUGAACGACUCCGAUACCAGUUCCCUUACGACAUACAAUCGAAGUUCCCGGCCUACAUCUGGCAAACGUGGAAGUACACCCCAGCUUCCGGGAAGUUCAAGGAAGAGCUACGCCCGUUCGAAGCUAGCUGGACUGAACACCACCCAGGAUUCGUCCACCAGGUGAUCACGGACGAUGGGUUGAUCUACGUGGUGAAAUACCUCUACGCUGCUUUCCCGGAAAUCAUAGAGGCUUUUGAGUCGAUGCCGCUACCCGUGCUGAAGGCGGACUACUUCCGAUACCUUAUCCUCUUGGCCCGUGGUGGGAUAUACAGCGACAUCGACACCUUCGCUCUGAAGCCCGCAACUGAAUGGGUGCCUGCUGCUGUCGACAGAACUACGAUAGGUCUUAUUAUUGGCAUCGAGGCGGACCCAGACAGGAAGGACUGGCAGACCUGGUAUUCACGCAGGAUCCAAUUCUGUCAGUGGACCAUCCAGUCAAAGCCGGGACACCCGAUAUUGCGGGAUGUUGUGGCAAACAUCACGGAGGAAGCACUGCGGAUGAAGAGCGAGGGGAAGCUUAAAAAGAACAAGAUGGACAAAACUAUUGUCGAAUUCACUGGGCCAGCCGUGUGGACAGACUCGAUUUUCCGCUAUUUCAAUAACCCGAACUACUUUGACAUGGGGAGGAGAGAUGGCAACUCCACCAGCGAGAUUGGCUACAAGCAUUUUACCGGCAUGGUUGCCCAAAAGGCCGUUGGCGAUGUCGUCGUCUUGCCGAUUACCAGCUUCAGUCCCGGCGUUCGACAGAUGGGUGCCGAAGAGCCUGAGCACCCGAUGGCAUUCGUUAAGCAUAACUUCCAAGGAGCAUGGAAAACGCCCAAAGCAUAACUUUCAUCUUGAAAUGAAUGAACAUUUUUCCGUGUUAAGCCCCCACUGCGCUCGGCCAUCGCCCAAAAUUUCCCCCCACGCCGAAGCUAAGCAAAACAGGCCUCUUUCCGCUGCUCUUGAAUUGGUGGCAAAAAUCUCUUUUUUGCGAUCUGUUCAACAACCCGUCGAUCCAAGACUCGGGGCAAACUUCCAAGAUCGCAUCCCCCAGUCAUGGUGGCCCCACUCGCUACCCCUGGCGAGGCAGCGACCGGGAUACACCCUUCACCUUAUCACGUAUCCAAAUAAGUCAUGACGACGACUCACGAAAGCCGCCUCCUGGCGCGCAUAUUCUCGAAGUUUUGCUGACAUCAUGUCUUGAUCCUUCGAUCCAUCUGCAAACCUUCGCGUUUGCUGCAUCGGUUUUCUCCAUAUCAUCAGCAUCACCUUCCUCAUCAACGCUUCAAUGCUUCAUCAAAUCCCUUCGCAUUAGCUUCAUUCGCGGACUCUCCUUUUUGCAUUUCCUUUAUGCCUGGUGCAAUGGGAAGAAAAAUAAAGAAUGUCGCGAAAUCCAACCAUUUUAGGAUGUUGGUCUUUCUUUUAGCGCCACAUCGGCGGGGUGCAUAUUCUUGACUACUACGGAUUAUCUAUCUUGUUCCUGCAUUUACCUUCAUUCACGUGGCUAUAUUUCCUGCCGACGUAUUUUGUAUGCAUGGACCGUCCAGGCAAAUUGGGCGGAUAUAAAGCUUCUUCUUUUUCAUUGUCUCUUGGUUCGCGCUCAAGGGUCUGCAUGUGUUAUUGUUUACAGUAUCUUAAAAGGAUGGGCGAAUGGGCUGGCGGGGCGGCGUAUCUUGAAAUUUUAUGUUCCCCGAUGUCAUAUCAUAAAAAUUUUUUUUCUUCCUUUGUUUGAUCAUGCUACGGAGUGCAUUACUGUUUUUGUCUCUGGGUCUUGGGACCACGGCAUUGGCAUACAUGUGUAAUAAUAUCUACAUAAGAAGAGAGGGUAGCAGGCGAAU